AUGUUCAAGGCUGGCAUUCUUGAGCAGAUGAACUCCUUAUGGCGGCAGGAAUUAACCAGCGAAUCGCCGAGCGCCAGAUUUUUGGCAGACUGUCUACUCGUGGUUUCAUCAAUGCUUCGAAACUAUCCGGCCGCACAAAAUGCAUUCUUUUCUGAACGGUCGGACACGGGAGAUGCAGUUGCCUUUUCUCUUCUCCUCAGCACUACGGAAUCACCUGCAUGGACGUGCUAUGACAAAUAUUGUCGCAGACUUAAGUUUCGUAUUUUCCGUCUUUUGGGCGAUCUCAUCGAUGAAAGGGUAAGGCUUCUUUUAAAAGUCCACAGUCCAAUAUAAUUUACACCAGAAUCUACCCUACACCAAAAAUUAUACUAUCUCUGGUUGGCUAAUUAACUUUGUUUGUAGUAACAGGUGUAGUUCUGGGCGCACUAUCUGUCUUGAUUAUUAUUCACUUGCAGUCUUUUCUAUGCAUGUUAACUCUACGUGCCUUUCGACACAUUUUUUCUCAGAAUUACCUCAAGGAAAUGGAAGCCGAAAAACGCCAAAUUUACUCUGAGUACGUACUACUUAUGUUGCAUUUUUGCGUUGUGUUGGAGAGACAGGUUCCCUAAAAUCAAGAGAGAGAGGGGAUAGAUAAUAAUUUUUUCCUAAUAACACAAGCUUCUGAGCAAUCUCACAGAUAUAAUCUCCUGCCUGAUUGCCUUAUUGGACGACAUUCAUGCGACCUUUCACCAAAUAACAGCAUUAAACUAUUAGAAACUAUUCAAGGGUAUGAAGGUAAUAAACUACGGGGUACCAAGCACUCCAAAGUGCAUUUGACUCCCUCUGGCAUACUGCCACAUAACAACUUUGUCCUUUAAGGUUUGACCUGCCUACAGAAAUCAGAAAGCAUGGUUGGUGUCACCGUGUAGUGGAAUUAGUAUUGGACAGCAAACUGCUCAAUACGCAUGUCAAUCUGGAGAGUGCCCUCGAAUGCGGAAAGGAGAUCACGCAAGCAUGCUCAAGAAAAGACUUAUUCGCCGAGGAUCAGGAGCCUGAAAAGCUCGCAGCCAAGUUAGACGUCCUGGAAGAAGAGUAUGAAGGUCUUGCGAGAGCCGAUGCAGAAGACGAUCUUCAAUACUACGAGAAAGUUCAUCGUUUGGUGGUGGACUUCCGAAAGGCUGUCUACGGCAGUGACCCACUUGCCACACCAACGCCAAUCCAUGUUUGA